CUGCCAGCUGCCAAGAUGGCGGCACGGAAUCGCGCUCGCGCUCGCGCUCCCGACUCCCCUCCCCCAGGCCUCUUGGGGGUUGGGAGCGCAACGCGCGUAGCGGUGCGCGGGUUGCCCUGCGUCCUGGGUGGUGGUCCCGCCAGCCGCCGGCCCCGCGCCAUGCGUCUCUUCGGCUGGUGGCAGCUCCUGCUUUGGGUGCUGGGGCCUCCUGCCUGCGGCCUGGAGGUUGCAGAGGAACACAGUCACUUGCCGUCGGAGGAACAGUCUGCGCCGGCUCUGCAGGCAGGGGCCCUGUCGGUGGCUGAGGAGCAGCCCUCCCGCGGCCAGGCGGGACAGGACAGAUCAGCCGGAGAUGCGAGUGCAGUGCUGGGGCUGGACACGGGUGGUGACCACGUGGUGAUGCUGUCCGUGAUCCCUGGGGAGGCUGAGGCUGAGGCCAGGCUGGGCCGUGAGCUGAGCAGCGGCACCUGCGGGGCCGGAGGGGAGGAGGACUCACGCUGCAGUCUCCGAGAGCAUCUGUUCUCUCUGGAUGGCGCCGGGGCGAGCUUCCCGGACCGAGAAGAGGAGUAUUACCCGGAGCCCGAAGUGGCUGACACGGAUCCAGCCCCGCCCGAGGACUCCAAUAACACUGAGAGUCUGAAAUCCCCCAAGGUGAACUGUGAGGAGAGAAAUGUGACUGGAUUGGAGAACUCCACUCUGAAAAUUUUAAAUAUGUCACAGGACCUCAUGGAUUUUCUAAACCCAAACGGUAGUGACUGCACCCUAGUCCUGUUUUACACCCCGUGGUGCCGAUUUUCUGCCAGUUUGGCCCCUCAUUUUAAUUCUCUGCCCCGGGCAUUUCCAGCUCUUCAUUUUUUGGCACUGGAUGCAUCUCAGCACAGUAGUCUUUCUACCAGGUUUGGCACCGUAGCUGUUCCUAACAUCUUGUUAUUUCAAGGAGCUAAACCAAUGGCUAGAUUUAAUCAUACAGACCGAACAUUGGAAACACUGAAAAUCUUCAUUUUUAACCAGACAGGUAUAGAAGCCAAGAAAAAUGUGGUGGUAACUCAAGCUGACCAAAUAGGCCCUCUUCCCAGCACUUUGAUAAAAAGUGUGGACUGGCUGCUUGUAUUUUCCUUAUUCUUUUUAAUUAGUUUUAUUAUGUAUGCUACCAUUCGAACUGAGAGCAUCCGGUGGCUCAUUCCAGGACAAGAGCAGGAGCAUGCGGAGUAGUGAUGGACUAAAAGAAGUCGGAUGAGGAAUUUCAGAAAUUAAUGCUGCACUUUCAUACAUUUUCUCCAGCGAAGUGUCCUCUUACAACUUCAGGCAGAUUAAAAGAAUCAUGCAUUUGUUGAACUGUUAAAUGUGUUAAAAAUUAUAAAUUGUUUUAAUUAAUACUGCAAUAAGCAAAUGCAAAAAUACUUGGUAGAGUUCACUAUUGUUGUUUUUAAUAAUCCAAUAUUUUAAGAGAGUAAUCCAGUUUGAAAUGCAAAGCUGUGUUCAGGUGGUAUGGUGAGUAGAAUGACAGUACACGUUACAGUUUUAGAAAACUCUUGAUUCCUUAAAUAAAUGUCUAAGAAGGUU